AUGCCAGCACCAAAACUUACAGAUCGUCGACCUGAUACAGUACCUGUGCUAACAGAAGAUAUAGCUGACCAGGUAGUGGCUCCUCAAUGGACGUUGUUGUAUAGCUUGGAUCAGCACGGGGUAAGCUUAUCAACGCUUUAUCGCCGAGUGCGCAGCAAUAAAGGCCCGUGCUUGCUGACCAUUAAAGAUGCGGAUGAUCAGGUCUUUGGUGCAUUUUUAAAUGAAACGCUGAAAUCAAGCCCUUCCUACUAUGGCACAGGGGAAUGCUUUUUAUGGAAGAAAGAUCCAGAGACGGGGCGAUGCAGAGUUUAUGCUUGGACUGGCAAAAACGAGUACAUGAUUUUGGCCGAAUCUGACUUCAUUGCAAUAGGUGGAGGCGAAGGCAAGUUUGGAUUAUGGAUCAACUCCGAUCUAGAACGUGGCCACAGUGAACGAUGUCCAACAUUCGAGAACGAAGCGUUGUCCAUCACGUCAGAGUUUGACUGCAUCCAACUUGAGGUGUGGGGGUUCCGCAUCUGAUGCACCGUCCUUUUCAAUAGACACCCGUACUUACUCAUCCUUUCUCCUUUUCUUUUGGACCACCAACCUUUGCAUAUAUUCCCCCCACCCCCAGCACGAGCCUUCAUCCAUCCAUCCAUACAACGUAUUUAUCGACCCCACCCUAUAUUCUGCAAAGAAUCCUUCCCAGGGGAGGCAACGCAUCAUUCACGCACCACAUCAAUAAAAGCAAACGUGCACUUCAUUCACUUGGGAAAUGCUCACGCCUUAUUUUCAAUCUGCGGAGGGACUGCAGAGUAGACAAAGACCGCUACUAGUCAUCAAGAAACGCCAAUACUGCUG